CUACCUCAUCUCAUCCUGUUUCUUUGACCCUUCCGCCGCCUCUUCCUCAAACCCUAGCCGCCUCUGAAUCUCGCUCGCCAAAACCCUUGCCGAUUCUUCCCUUUUGCUCUUGAUUUUUUCUUGCAGACGCGCUCUCAGCCACCUUUCGUUCCCUAAUCCGCCGUUUCCGGUCUCGAAGGAUGGGUGAAGCCAGGGACAACGAUGCUUACGAGGAGGAGCUUCUCGACUACGAGGAGGAAGAGGAGAAGGCCCCUGAUUCCGCCGCUGCUAAGGCCUCUGGUGAAGCGGUGAAGAAGGGUUAUGUUGGAAUUCACAGUUCAGGUUUCAGAGACUUCCUGUUGAAGCCAGAACUUCUCCGUGCCAUUGUAGAUUCAGGUUUUGAGCACCCAUCCGAAGUACAACAUGAAUGCAUCCCUCAAGCUAUCCUUGGAAUGGAUGUCAUCUGCCAAGCUAAGUCCGGAAUGGGGAAAACUGCUGUUUUUGUUCUUUCAACUCUACAGCAAAUUGAGCCCGUUGCAGGGCAAGUUGCUGCACUUGUGCUAUGUCAUACAAGGGAAUUGGCUUAUCAGAUCUGCCACGAGUUCGAGAGGUUCAGCACUUACUUGCCUGAUAUUAAGGUUGCUGUUUUUUAUGGUGGAGUUCACAUCAUGAAGCACAAGGAUAUUUUGAAGAAUGAAUGCCCACAUAUUGUAGUCGGCACACCAGGAAGAAUACUGGCACUUGCAAGAGAUAAAGAUCUUUCUUUGAAGAAUGUGAGGCACUUUAUUCUUGAUGAAUGUGACAAGAUGCUCGAGUCACUUGAUAUGCGUAGAGACGUUCAGGAGAUCUUCAAAAUGACACCUCACGACAAGCAAGUUAUGAUGUUCUCAGCUACUCUCAGCAAGGAGAUCCGCCCCGUAUGCAAAAGAUUCAUGCAAGAUCCUAUGGAAAUAUACGUUGACGAUGAGGCCAAACUGACAUUGCAUGGUCUAGUACAGCACUACAUCAAACUAACCGAGUUGGAAAAGAACCGGAAACUGAAUGAUCUUUUGGAUGCACUGGACUUCAAUCAAGUUGUGAUCUUUGUGAAAAGCGUGAGUAGAGCAGCGGAGCUGAACAAGUUACUUGUCGAGUGCAACUUCCCAUCAAUCUGUAUCCACUCUGGCAUGUCACAGGAGGAAAGGUUGACGAGGUAUAAGAAUUUCAAGGAAGGUCUUAAAAGGAUUCUUGUAGCUACUGAUCUGGUUGGGAGGGGAAUUGAUAUUGAGCGAGUCAACAUCGUGAUAAACUAUGACAUGCCAGAUUCCGCUGACACUUAUCUCCACAGGGUUGGAAGGGCUGGUCGUUUUGGUACCAAAGGACUUGCUAUUACGUUUGUUUCUUCGGCUUCAGACUCUGAUGUUCUCAAUCAGGUGCAAGAGAGGUUUGAGGUGGACAUUAAGGAGCUGCCAGAGCAGAUUGACACUUCAACCUACAUGCCGUCGUGAUGACAUGGCAAUGUUGCAAGCAACUGGUUUGAAGACUGGACAUGGCAACGGUGCCAGCGUGAUGUAAAAGUUUUCACUGGAAUUGGUUCUAGAAAUUUCUUUCGAGAUAGGCGGUGGUAGGAACUGUAUGUACCUUUAAAGCGUAAACCACGCGGCAGCUUCUUACAGCUUAAUGGUUUGCCUUUGCUUUAUGUAGUUACUACCAUAAUUAAUUAUGACAAUGUUUGUAGUCGUUUUAUAUUUCUUUAGAACAAAUACUUCUGAUUUGUUUUGCUUA